GCUUGACAGUCGAUAAUUACAUCAACGUUGAGUUGGAAAAUCGGAUUUGACAGAUUGAAAUGUCGACGAAAAUGGAGGGUGUCGAGAGACAGUCCGGCCCUGCAUGCGGCAACGACAAGGCAGGGCAAGGAGUCGACUAUAUGCAGACGCAAUCGCCCUUCUUUCGACUCCCGUCCGAACUACGCCAGCAGAUAUACCGCCUCCACCUGCAAUUCGCCAGGGACAAGUUCAUCAUUGCCAAGGUCUGGGCCCCCGACUUCGACCCUUUCUUCUUCUCCGACGAUCACCACCUCUCCUCAGACGGGGCCGCGACCGCGACAACCCUCCUGCAUCUAAUGACCACCUGCAAGCGUCUCUACGACGACCUCGCGCCCCUGGUCUUCGGCGAGGCCGCUGUCGCCAUGUUCAGCAUGCGGUACCACCGCUUUGACAAAGGCCGGCGCUCCUUCAUUCUAGCCAAGUCGGGGCACGCGCCGCUGCGCCUCUCGCGACUGCACAAGCUCGUCGUCAUGACCAACUCGCGCCACAACGCCGAGUGGGGCAACCUGGGCUGGGGAGCCAACCUGGCGCGGAUGCUCGACGGUGCCUCAGAGCUGCGUCAGCUGGUCCUCGAGAUGCACGCCAUGCCCGUCCGCGUCGCUGACGUGGACCGCUGGCUCGACGCCCAGGCCGACACGCUGCUGCCGCUGCUGCGCCGUCUGCCGAGGCUGGAGCGUGUCGUCUUCCGGAGCAAUUUCCCCGCGUGUUACCGCAGCGCCUAUGUCCCGGAGGUGCUGGUGGAGUUUCUGGGCGGGGAGUUGGGGCCUGGCGUUCAUGUUGUCGCAUCGGAGCUUGGCGAGCGAUGGUCAGUGGGGUAUUCUGCCGGCGAGUUUGCCUUGCGCGUCCGAGGGGAGCCCGACGGUCAUCCCUGACAUGUGAGGAUCAGUCCGGGGUCUCAAGGGAAGGUCGGAGUCCGCCUUCGUUCUAAAGGGAUGUGUAUGUGAGGAGUGUUACGAGGUAAGGAAGACAAAUAUGGAACUGAGAUUGCCGUUCAGGGGGGAAUCUACUGCAUGCGUUGCAGGGGAGACGUGUGGG